GCGGCGUGAGUUUCUGGACACGGUACGACGGUACACGGUACACGGCCACCACCGGGUUGGGGACGAGGCCCCGUGCGCGCGCGAGACGACGACGACGUCCGGGCGAGAGCGAGAGAUUCGGGUGCAGGUGCACGGGAUUAACGCGUGGAGGAUACUUUACCGCGCGAACGCGACGCGACGCGACGCGAGACGACGCGACGCGGACGCGACGCAACGCGACGCCGCCGACGUGCGUGGAGCGCGUUGCAGGAGCACCACGAGCGAGCUCGUUUCUCCGAAGCGACAAUGACAACGUGCUAACCGUUUUAGGUGAUUCGGGAGCCAUGGCGAACAUCGCGGCGCAGCGAAUCAAACGAGAAUUCAAAGAGGUUAUAAAGAGCGAGGAGAUAGCAAAAUGUGCGAUUAAAGUUGAGUUGGUCAACGAUAGUCUUACCGAAUUAAAGGGAGAGAUUGCUGGUCCACCAGAUACACCAUACGAAGGUGGCAAUUUUGUGCUUGAGAUCAAAGUUCCCGAAACGUAUCCAUUCAAUCCUCCUAAAGUACGUUUUAUAACAAAAAUAUGGCAUCCUAAUAUAUCUUCCGUCACUGGUGCCAUAUGUUUGGAUAUCUUAAAAGAUCAAUGGGCUGCUGCAAUGACUCUGCGUACAGUGUUGUUAUCACUACAAGCGUUGUUAUCUGCAGCAGAGCCUGAUGAUCCUCAGGAUGCAGUAGUCGCUAAACAAUAUAAAGAACAUCCUGAAUUGUUUCGUCAAACUGCCACACAUUGGACAUUUGUAUAUGCUGGUGGACCAGCUAAAAUGCCUGAUUUAGAUGACAAGAUAAGAAGAUUAACAGAUAUGGGGAUUGAGGAACAUAAUGCGAGAGUCGCUCUAUCUUCAUAUAAUUGGGAUUUGGAACGCGCCACCGAGCACUGCCUCUUCAGUUAGUGAUAACUACAUAGUUAAUUUGUCACAUCCAUUCAUUUUGUGCUAAAAAUUUCCUUGUAAUAUCAUGUUCGGAUAUUGAUAUCAUUAGUGAUUUUACAAUUGCGAUUCCGCACCUAUAAUGACAAUAUCUGAAAAAAAGACAUUACCAGAAAAGCUAUUCAAUAUUUACCAAUAGUCAUUUAUUUAAUUUGUAACAUAAGCGUGAAGGAGAAAUAAUUAUUAAAAAAAUGGCUAGUACGAAUUAAUUAGCUAAAUUUUAAACAUUUUGUGAGGAUUGUACUGCAUUACAUUCUAUUUAAAUGCCAUUGUUCCUUAAAAAAUAACAAUCUCACAACAAAAUUUAAAUUAAUAUAUUCUUGAUUACUUGUUUUGUAUGUAAUAAUUCAAUAUAUUACAAAUUUCAUAUAAAUGCAUACAAGCUUUUAGCUCUGUACCAUUGUCGAAUUUUUAUUAUGUUAUCGGCGUUUCAUAUUUUCUAUUGUGUUCGAGAUUUUAAAUUCGCAUUAGGAAUAUUGAAUUUUCAGUAGAUCGAAUACGUAUAUUCAUGAUACUAUCUUUCAAUUAGAGCCGUUUACAGUUUCUAUAAUUUAUGAUCUAUACUUUAUAUCAGUGAUGUACAAAUUUUCUUGAUGAAUCACAUAAUCCAUAUAUUAUUUACAUUCUUAAUAGUAAAUACAAUAUAUAUCUUGUAUUAAAGAACAAAAGAAACAUGUUAUUUUUACUGCAGCUUAUCAGUUUUUCAUUAUUAAAUUUAUUUUUAAUAAAAAAAGGGAAAUGAUAUUAGACUUUAGGUUUUGAAACAUAUGAAAAAAUUGUAAGUGUUUGGUUGUAACUUUUUAUUUAAGUCUGCUGCUUUUUAAUUGAACAAAAAUUUUUUAAGUCUCGGAAUUCAUCAAGUAUAAUUUGGUCAUCAUUGAUUUAUAAUAAAUAAAGUAAUAUUGAAGCAGUAUACUAUAUGUGUAAAAAAUUCUUUCAUUUGAGGUAGAAAAAGCUUGUAAUUUGAGCAAAUCCGCUUGUAUAUUAUUGAAGUAAGAUAUGACCUGUAAAAAGAUUCAUAAACCUGUUCGCUUCGAUGUUAAUAUUUUACACUUGUACAUUUUUAGUGUUGGCUUAAAUGAGGUGAUAAAAUUAUCUGUUACAUCGCAGAUAUGUACCUUUACAAGAUAUAUCUUGUCUUCUUGUUCUUGUAUCAUGCCGUGUACAUUCCAGACUCAGGUGUAAAUGGCAUUUAUGUAGCGGCCUUGGUUAAAUUCUACUUUAAAAAUAUAUAAUUGGAGAAAAAGAAUCAAAGCAAAUUAAGUUUAUCUUGGUAAUAAUCUUGUAAAAUUAUGAGGCAGCACAGCUAUAGUGUGAUGAAAAUUUAUUAGUUCAUUAUUUGUAUAAUAAUGUAUAUGAUGCAGAAAUGCACAUAGCUUUUUGUACAAUCAAAUGUUAAAUCAUGGGCGUGAUACACAGUGAAAGGAUGAACAUUGAAUCAUGAUUUUACCAGUUUGUGUAAUAUUAAUUUUUCCAUAACCUAUGUUUAAAAAAAGUGAUAGCUAGUAUCAGUCGAUUGUAAAAACUUGCUUUAAAUUUUUCUUUUAAAUAUUUAGCUCAACACGAUGUAUUAUCCUACAUAUGGGUUUGUUUAUGGAUGUGGUUGAGGUUCCAACAUCCUCUUUGAUGUUUUAAUUGCUGUAAUGUUUAAUAUCAUGAAAAAAUAAAUUGUCCUUUUUUCAUUGUUCUGAUUGGA